AUGGACGGAAUCACUCCAGAAGGGGAAAAACAACACCAAUACUUGGGCUUCUCCAGCAUGUUCCCGUACUCGGAGCCUUUAUUGGAUUCAGAAAACUCAGGCUCCAGGAAUCAUGGAGAAAUUAAUGAGCCGAGUCGCUUGCCUUGCGCAUCACCAGAAGCACACCCAGAGCCGGAGCCUAUCGUAGCCCAUCUACUAGAUCUUUUCUGGGAAUGGCAAUCGUCGCAUCUUCUUGUCGUUGAUCGCUCCUUGUUUCUCCAACAUAGGAAGAACUGGGACGACAAUGAAGGCAAGGGUGAUCGCAACUUCUUCAGCCCAUGUUUGCUGUAUGCGAUACUUGCAUUAGCGUCAAUGAUUAGUCUCGAUAAAGGAGUAAGAAGAUACUCAUCUUCAUCAGGUGGUGACUGUGGCGAUCAAUUUGCAAAGCGUGCUCUGUCGCUGUUUGAGCUAGAACUGGGUCGUCCAACGAUUACAACAGUUCAAGCGGCUUUGAUUCUAGGAUCAAGGUACGGAGCUAUGAAGAAUAGCUCUCUUGGCUGGACAUAUAGCGGUAUUGCAUUUAGGAUAGCCAGCGACUUAGGACUGCACUUAGACUGCUCUAAAGCCGUGGCGUCCGGUCGAAUGGGAUUGGAUAUCGCAAACCUCAGGCGUAGGGUCUUUUGGGCCUGCCACAACGAGGAUAGUGCUGUUCGUGGACGAUCUCCUACUUUUAUGGAAUGGGAUAUAGCAAUCGCGCCUCCUGAUCAACCACUUGACGAGACCAAUUUGACAGAAUCAAUUCUCCAAGCUACUUCGACUCUCUCCGUUAUACGCUCCAAGAUAAUGGUCGAAUUGUAUGGAAAAAGACGCCACAGUACCGUUGAUCUACAUUUCAAGGCUUCUCAGUUGCACGAGAGUCUACGGCAAUGGCACCGAAAUCUGCCUCUGGGACAAAGAUGGCCUAGAAACCAGAGCGACACUACACCACCUCAAGUGCUUACCUUACAGUAUGUACUACCGAUUGCUUUCAUCAGCACACUCUCCUGGACACUUUUAAUGAUCUUAGUGACAGCUAACUUUCAACGCAGUAUGGCAUUUUACUUCAACCUCAUUAUUCUCCAUCGUCCAUUUCUGCAUCUGUCACAAAUAUCUUCGGACCUUCGGAACAAGAAGGCUCCAUAUAAUAGCGCAACAGCGACAUGUGCCGCAGCUUCAGAAAAUAUCAUCAAGCUAGCCAGCGAGUACGAAAGUUCCUACAACCUCAGGCAAAUACCCCAAUCUGUAGUCCCUUUUAUUUUUAUUGCUGGAACCAUCCAACUCCUUCUAUAUCGAGUCACUAAGGUGGAAAGCUACAAUCGUCUUCUUCAGAGCUGUACAGGGUACCUGUCAGAAGUAGGGAACUCUUACCCUGUAGCGCAAAGAGCAUUAGGGGUGUUGGAAGAUAUGAUUACGAACUGGAAGCCCUUUGACGAAACAAAGCAUUCCGACGAUAUAACUCAUGCGUGCGACGAAUCACCAGAGGUUACGAAUGUCCUAAACGGGGAGAUUUAUCACAAAAUGGAGAAAUGCCAAGAAAGAUUCAUCAACUCCUCCCCCUCAGAAUUACUUGAUGAAUUUGGCCUCUACGGUGAGGCGACUAUGGGACACACCGGUAAUGAUUGUACGUUUUUGGGCUCUGGAAUGGACUGGUUAUCGAACAAUGAGGUUUUCGAUAGCAUCGAUGGCAACAUUUGCCCUUUACCAUACACAUAA